AGCUGGUGAGAGGACUCAGGUGGUUACAGAUGCGCUUUAAAGUCGAUAUUUCAUUUCAGAUUCAAUCCUAGUAUCACAUGUUUUCCCAACACGUUGCGUCUUGAUUAGGUUAUUUGCACAUCCUGCAUGCUGGUUGGUUGAGAGACAAUCAUCCCAUCGCCGUGAAACAAACUCGGUUCGCUCUACAACGAGGAGGAAGAGAGGAAGGGAGCACAUCGUGUCUCCACGCACCGCUUUCAUUUCUGUCAAAUAAGAAGGCUAUUUGACAAUAGCCGGCACGGACUGUAGGGUCUGUGGAGGAGGUGAACUAGUGCAAUGAUGACGGGCAAAUCUGUGAAAGACGUUGACAGGUACCAGACUGUCCUCAACUCUUUAUUGGCACUGGAGGAGAAUAAAUUCUGCGCUGACUGUGAAUCGAAAGGUCCAAGAUGGGCAUCCUGGAAUUUGGGCAUCUUUAUCUGUAUCCGAUGUGCUGGUAUUCAUCGUAAUCUUGGGGUCCACAUCUCCAAAGUUAAGUCCGUCAACCUGGACCAGUGGACACAGGAACAAGUCCAGUGUGUUCAGGAGAUGGGAAAUGCCAAGGCCAAACGUCUCUAUGAAGCAUUCCUACCUGAGUGCUUCCAACGGCCCGAGACGGACCAGUCGGCAGAGAUGUUCAUCAGGGACAAGUAUGAUAAGAAGAAGUACAUGGAUAAGGUCAUUGACAUCCAGAUGCUGAGGAAAGAAAAGAGCUGUGACAACAUACCCAAGGAACCAGUUGUGUUUGAGAAAAUGAAACUGAAAAAAGAAGUCAGCCCGAAGAUAGAUUCUCAGUCUGUUACAGACCUGCUUGGAUUAGAUGUCCCUGCUCCAAGUCCUGCAGCGUCUAAUGGUGGAGGAUGUGUUCCAGACAGUAAUAGGAGCCCAGUGGUGUCUAAUCCAGCUCUGGCACACUCUGCCUUGGAUCUCUUCAGCUCUUUGCCAGCCCCCUCCUCUGCUUCCUCCACAAAAACCACACCUGUUUCCAGCUCCUUGUCUCAGAGCAGAGUGACUGCCUCGGUGCCUGAAAACCUCAGUCUGUUUCUGGAUCCUGCAGCCAAAGCAAGGGAAAGCACCGUCAAGAAACUGUCCAAGGACUCUAUUCUCUCCCUGUAUGCCUCCACCCCCUCAGUGCAUGGCAGCAGUAUGGUCACUCAUGCAGGCUUGUACAUGAACCAAAUGGGAUACCCGACGCACCCGUACGGUUCGUACCACUCCUUAGCUCAAGCAGGGGGAAUGGGGGGCACCAUGAUGGCAUCACAGAUGGCCAUGAUGGGACAGCAACAGAGCAGCAUGAUUGGAGUUCAACAAAACAGCAUGAUGGGACAGCAAAAUGGCUUAAUGGGUACCCAGGGUGUCAUGGCUCAGCCUAGCGGAGUAGUGGCACCACCUUACAUGACCCAAGGCAUGAUGGGACAGCAGCAGAGCGGAAUGAUGGUGCCACAACAGAACGGCAUUAUGGGACAGCAGCAGAGCGGACUGAUGGUGCAGCAGCAGAGCGGGCUGAUGGUGCAGCAGCAGCAGAGCGGACUGAUGGUGCAGCAGCAGAGCGGGCUGAUGGUGCAGCAGCAGCAGAGCGGGCUGAUGGUGCAGCAGCAGCAGAGCGGGAUGAUGGGACAUCAGCAGGUUGGAGGUUUGGCCUUGUUACCUCAGCAGCCAGUGUACGGCUUACAUCAAGCCCAGCAGCUACAGUGGAACAUUACCCAGGUGACUCAGCACAUGGCUGGCAUGAAUCUCUACAACACCAAGGGCAUGAUGGGAUACAGUAGUCAACAGAUGGGAGGGUCAACAACUCCAGGCUCAGCACACAUGACAGCACAUGUCUGGAAAUGAUAUAAUCUAACCUGAAAGUGGUAACUCCAGUAACCCACAAAACCGAGGGGAAACAGUUGUAGGAAUCUGUGGAUUAGACUCUCCAUAAGACGUUUUCUAAUGCAAGGGAGGAGGAGGAGGAGACAAGAAAAAGGUUUGAGAAACCACUACUACCUCUCUUUCUCUCUCCUCACCCAUGCUUCCUCUUCCCGUCUCAUCCAUGGCCAUAUUUUGCAGAUUUCCAUGCUUGCCUUCAGAACAUUUUCGUAUGACGACGUAGACAACAGGGUUCAGAGGCCACUGGUUAGGACUACACAUUUGUCGUUGUACCAAGCCUUUAUGUGAGUGUGUGUGCGUGUGCGCGCACAUCUGCUGUAUGUUAGUUUUCACUAACUAGUUUUUUGACAAUUUUUACCGUUUUGCUUACUCACUUAUCAAAGUCAGAAGACACAUGGAUGCAUUUUCUGUCUCUUUGUGUCAAUGGAAGGCAGUUUGAAGGUAUUGAGGUAAGCCUAGCUUAGCUCACUUGGUUGAUCUGCUUGAGCUCUGUUCGGAACAAGACACAUUUCUCUUUAAAGAAGUAACUUUGUUGCAAGGCUAAAUAAUUCUCUAAUUCGCAAUUCUUAUUAUCUGAAAUUACUUUUCCAAGUUGCUAUAACAUAGCCACAUUUGUAACAUUAGUACUUUGAAUGUAACUCCAUUAUUCAGUCACCUAGCGCAUGUUAUUAAAAUGUAAAAAUGCUGCUGGUUAACUCUAUUAAAUGGCAUUUUUAUUUUGCUGCAAAGGUUUGCGUAGGGAAAACUUUGUGACCGAAUCAUGGAGUAAUGUACAGAGUGGUGAGUCAUACACAGGGGCUAGCUGCAAUUAUAUGUGUAAAGGAGUAACUACUCAGUCAGCUUUCAUGCAUAUAGGGGUUAAAAGUUUGAUAACCUCAAAAAAUAGAUACGGUUUAAGGUGGGAUAACAUUUUAAAAAUGUCUCUCUACUUAUGAGAGGAGCAACUGCUAAUUAGUGUAGGGUAUUCAGGAAUCAAUUGAAAAUGGGCUAGGUGAGGCUAGGCUAAUCAUCUAACCAUAACGCUACAUGUAGGGGAGAAAUGAAUCUGUCUGCAUCUCUGUAAGUAGGGGAAAUGAGUAAAAUCCCAUAAAAACCAAGAUACUUACGCUUUCCUACCUGUCCAACAUUUUUUUUAAACUCCUUUAUGUGUUGAUAAGUUCCUAGAUCCACACUGUUAGAGGCAAGUUAGAGCAGCUACAGAAAUCUACCUAAACCGUCCUUAAUUAUGAUGUCUUCUACUCGAUUUACAGAGGGCUUCUUUUAGAAUCAAUAUCUAAUCUAGACUUUAAGUGUCAAAAGUCCUACACUGGAUUUUAGGAGACCAAAGAUCAACACUAGCUUUAUUAUGGUUGUACAGUACUCAAAUAUGCUUUGUUACUUCUGUAUAGCCACAAAACUAGUGAUUCGUAGAAAAUUCAAUCCUUUAACAGUAUGUUUGGUCACACCUGCUCUCACAGGAUGAAUGUUUGAGUCUAUCAGUUCACUGUGCUAUUGCUUCAGCAUGUGUGGGACACUUAAAAAACUAAUCACUUGCAUGCAAUGCCAUCAUUUAAAUGUUGAGUUGAUGCUCACACACCUCAAGCUAAGAAUCUACCUUGUACAAUAAAGGCCUCAAAUAAAGUUGAAUGUCUGUAAAUAAGACAGAAAUAGAGAGGUGGCAACAGAGACAAAAAAAACCUUUAAAGGUACCGAAUGGUCAUGUUUCAGAUGCUUUCACUGAAUUGCAUGAAGAUAAUGUUUAUCUAGCUCUGAUUGUGUGUGCUGUAUGUUAAUUAAGAUAUCUGAAUGUGUCUCUGGAAUGUGUAUCUUUGAAUGUUCCUCUCUAUGUGUCGAUCAGUCUCUGAUCAAGACCAACACAUGACGACAAAAAAUCUUGAUGAAUGUGUGUCCUGAAUGUGUUCACGAUUGUACUCAACUUGCCUUGAGUAUACGCACCUAAGGUGUGUUUGUUUUUUGAUAUCUUUUGAUUCUCGUCAAGCAAUGUACACGUCUUUUGAAUGUUCUGUGGUCGACAGGUUUGGUGGCGAGUUGUUAAAUGCAUCUACGCUUUACAGUAAUUGUUUUACCGUCGAGUUAGGAGCAAACUGUGACGCAUUUACAGGUCAUGCGAAGGCGUUUACAAUUCGGCCAAACCACAUUGUGAAGCAAAAGUGAUUGCACGUCCAUAAUCUGUCACCUCUGAAUAUUUAGUUAACUCUUCUACAUGUCUCCCACACAAGCCCACACAAGCCAUCUCUCUGUCCUGGUUUCUGUAAAAGCAUUUUUAAAUAUGUUCAUUCUUAUAAAUGCACGAAGCCAUAAGUGUAAAUAAUCUCAGUUUUUCCUCUUUUUUUUUCUGAAGAAGCACUUUGGUGUUAAGUUGCCACUCUGAAUAUGGGGAGGUAAAAAUGUAAGCGGUGCAGAUAAGAAAAAGUGAACACACACUGGCAUAACAAGAGAAGGUUAAUAGCUAGUUAAUAGCUGCCAAUUAACAAGCAGCAUUACUUUCUCACCUCAGAAACUCAUUGUCCAUUCCUGCCUAGUGUUCCUUUCAAAUUCAGCUCACAUGGUGGCAGUUUAAGCAACAGCUGGACAGCAGCAAGUCACCUUCCCUCCCGAGAGCAAUAUUACCGUUAGAGAAUGUGUCAUCUCUGCAGUAUAGCAGCAGAUCUGCAGUUAUAGUGAAAUGAGAAGUAUCUGGAAAAGCAGCGGAAAUCCAUUUCUGUGUUGGCGACAAGGCUCCACCUGAGCUUUUUCAUUUGUGGUUAUCUUUAACUUUAGGUUGCCUGUAAUCGGUUCCUUUUUUUGUCUGGUAUAUUUUCUGUGAAAUAAAAGCAAAUAAAGGAAUGUAUCUUUUUAUGUACUUGUCAAUCAAGAUAUUGUGUACUUUAUUCUUUAUCAGAAUAUCACUGUAUAUUAUGUUUCUUAAACAAAGGUUGUUGAAUUGUACUUUAUAUUAGUUCUGCAUUUUGCAUUUGCUUUGCCCCUUUGAUUUCAUGUCUACACAAGUUAGUCGAUUCAAUUUGAGAAUAUGUAUGUAACAUAUGAUACUUGUGUCUGUGAAAAUAUACAAAAUUAAUAUGGUUUUGAUUAAAUUCUAUACCUUG